CUCCAGGUGUUUGUCAUGAGCAACACGUUUGUUUAUCUGCAGUUGUGUUAUUGUUUUGCACACUGGAAAAGCUUCACAUUGUAACGUUACACAAUGGGCACAAUCUAAUAAUAAUGAGGUGUGAACAGCGCUGUCAUCUGUGACACCGGACGACACAAAUCCAACUGACUUGGCGCGACUUGACUUGGCGCAUCCCUUUAAACUUUUACGUUGAAAGACGUCACCCGGAAGUAGCCGUGCGCUUUGCCUGGGCUGGGACGAGACCAGCGGCAGCGGCCGGGUGAGCUUUGGUCUGGCUGUUGGGAAGGACCGCCUCAACGCGGGCUGAAUGAAGCGUGGUAGUCCACAUCGGCGGUGUCCAGCGCGCUUCUACAGCUGUCCAGCGUAACUUGGAGUGACAUGUCCAGGAAGCCGCGCGACAUCGGUGGCGCUCAUCGUAGCUCGUGCACAGAUCUGUGAGAAGACGCGCUCGCUCCCGCAGCGCUGCGAUACGUUAGCAAGCUAGCGAGGUAAGAGAAGCGCUGCCCUCCGGAGCCGCGCUCAAGCUAGCAGGCACACCCGCCCGUCACUCGCCCGCCCGUCCGCCCGCACACCCGUCUGUCGGCUCUACAGAGGAUGAAGAGAGCCAUUUCACUAGGUGAACCUGUCAUUCAUUCCAUCCAUACCUUUCAAUAAACCAGUGUGAAAAAUAAGUGUCAUGACUGGCGCUGAGGCUGAGGAUGAUAUUCCAUUAGGUGAAAGGAAGACUGUCACAGAUUUCUGCUAUCUGCUGGACAAAUCCAAACAACUCUUCAAUGGGCUAAGAGAUCUUCCUCAAUAUGGACACAAGCAGUGGCAGUCCUACUUUGGACGGACAUUUGACGUCUACACCAAGUUGUGGAAAUUUCAGCAGCAGCACAGGCAGGUUCUGGACAGUCGGUACGGCUUGAAGAGAUGGCAGAUCGGGGAAGUUGCCUCUAAAAUUGGACAGCUUUACUACCACUACUACCUUCGUACCUCGGAAACAAGUUACCUGAAUGAGGCCUUUUCAUUCUACUCGGCCAUCCGUCAGCGGUCCUACUACUUUCAGGUCAACAAAGAGGAUAGGCCAGAAUUAGUUGUGAAGAUGCUUCGAUAUUAUGCACGCUACAUAGUCGUCUCUUUACUGCUGAACAAGAUGGACCUAGUCAAAAUUUUGGUUAAGGAGUUAUCUGAAGAAAUUAAGGAUUACACACAGAGAUUUAACACAGAAGACCAACUGGAAUGGAAUUUGGUUUUACAGGAAGUGGCAGCUUUUGUUGAGGCAGAUCCAGUGUGUAUACUUAAUGACAACAAUGCCGUUGUUGUUACAAGCAACCGGCUGCAGGAGGGAUGCGUGCCCCCACUGGAACAAGGCAUGGUGGUUGGCCAGCUCAUCCUUGCAGAUGCACUAAUCGUUGGCAACUGUAACAACCAGGUGAAAUUCAGCGAGUUAACUAUUGAUAUGUUUCGCAUGCUCCAAGCUUUGGAGCGGGAACCGGUAAACCUGGCCACACAGACCUCUAAACAAGGGACAUUGGAACCCAACGAGAAGCCAGCCAAGAGAGAAAACCCUCACAAGUAUUUACUAUACAAGCCGACUUUCAGUCAACUUUUCACUUUCUUGUCUGCUUCUUUUAAGGAAUUACCUGCAAACAGCGUUCUGCUUGUCUACUUAUCAGCUACUGGAUUCUUACCUACUGGGCGGUCAGACUACGAAGGCCCAUAUGAUUUCGGAGGAGUUCUGACAAAUACAAAUCGAGAUGUUAUGAAUGGAGAGACUGUACAGAAAAAAAAUCAGGCCCAGAAAGAGAUGCACUGCCUUCAUCCUGGGGACCUAUUUCCUUUCACUCGGAAACCACUUUUUGUCAUUGUGGAUUCAUCAAAUAGCACAGCCUAUAAGAAUUUCACAAAUCUUUUUGGCCAGCCCUUGGUGUGCCUGCUGUCUCCAACAAUAUAUCCAAAGAGUAUACAAGAUCAGUCACAGCGUGGAAGUCUCUUCACACUGUUCCUCUACUGUCCUCUCUUGGCUUUUUUCUCUGUGUGUGGCUUAAACAGUGUACAACGAGGCCUGUGGGAGAGGGCUCAAGAGUUUCUGCGUAAAGUGAACCACGACAUAAGCCAGAUGAUAACACGGUCAAGAACCAUAGAUCAAGCAUUUUUACAAUUUUUUGGAGACGAGUUCCUGCGAUUGCUACUGAUCCGUUUUGUGUUCUGCUCCGCUGCACUGAGGCUGCAUAAGCUCUUCCGGGAAUCCAGGAGCUUCCCAGAGUCAUACCCUGAACUUCCCAAACAGGAGACGGUAGAGAGCAGCCUUCUACAAAAGCACAUUUUGGAGCUGGCAACCAUACUGGAUGUGCAGAGUCUAUUUUGGGAUGAUUCACUUGUGAACUACUAGAUUUCUCCCCACAGUGCAAAG